AAUAAAUAAAUUAAGAAUCAAAUGUGCAUUAAUAAAAUAUAAAAAAUUCAUCAAACUUUGGGUCAUGGGCUGAAGCCCAAGCGAUGGAUUACCCAAAGCCGGCCCGGGCUCAAGCCUAAAGCCUACAUAGCCCGGUCAGUUCUUCUUUCCUGACGCAUUGCUAUCUGCCGUCGUCUCUGAAACUCGCUGCCAUUGUUGCCUUUCAAACAGCUUCACCUCGCUGGGUACAAUAGCAGAACCCAGAGAAAAUGACAAAUGAGAUUACAAUGAGCAGUGAGAUAGAUUAUGAUUGUGAAGAUUUUAAUAGUUCAAAGCGUCCAAAAAUGACGUCUAAAGUAUGGGAAGAAAUGCAGCGCAUUCAAACGACCGAAGGUAGUAAAGUUCUAUGUAAAUACUGUGGAAAACUGUUGCAAGAUAACUGUGGAACUUCUCAUUUGAAGCGACAUUUAGUCAUAUGUCCCAAGCGACCAAAACCCGUCGGUGUUGUUACACAAGAUCCUAUGUCUCCGGCAUAUCUUAGAGGUACCUAUAGUGCCAAAGAUUCUGGAUUAAGCAAAGCGCUUAUGGUACGCCCAUUAAAGGUCGAGCCUCAAUCACAAGUCAUAUGUUUUUCUCCUACUCCAAAUUAUGGAACUGGAGCUGUUACUAUUGCAUCCAUUGAUAAUGCUUCCAAUUCCAUUGUGGAACUAAAUCAUAAAAACAGUCCCACUUUGUUUCUGCCUAGCCUUGAAUCUCGUCAAAAUCAAGAGGAACUAUCUCUCGACGAUGACGUAGAAAUGAAAGCAUUUUAUGCUUCUCUCGAUGUUGAGACCUCAUUUAAGUCACCUUCCCAAGAUACCACGGUCAUCACCGAAUCAUCCAACACUACUACGCCGAGUGAAGAGACAAGCAAAGCAUUGAAAACACUGCAAGACCUUCUCUCCAAAGACUUCUCUGUUCUACUGCAAACCAAACAGUGCGGUGCCAUGAAAUCUACGAUAGAAUACCUUUCCAAGAUGUCAUCGGUCAAGGGAAUCUCGUCCGAAAUGAAGUUGUUGAUAUUGGAAGUUUCUAGAGAAUUCACUCGGUGGAGUUGCGACUACAACAACGCAAGUAAGAAAAUAGAGUCAGCGAGCUCCAACAUCACGAAAGCAGAUAAACUCGAAGAAAGCCUCGAAGCAAACAAGAACGAGUUCAAGGAAGUUCUGUCUUUGGAAAAUGAGUUGUGCAACCAGCUAGCAACUUUGGAGCAAAGAAAGAAAGAGCUAGAAGAUCAAAUAAAUGCAAUCAAAGCUAACAUAUCCGUGUUUCAAUCGGCUAAGUUCACGGCUGCAAAGAGAAAAAGGGAAGUUUUUGAAGAAGCGAAGACUCUCAAAGCACAAAGAGAUGAGUUGAGGGAGCAAGUUCCACAGUUGAAAGAUGAGAGGGAAAUGGCCAAGAAAAUCCAAGAAAAUAUUCAAGUUGAAUGGUUAAAGCUUGGAGAAAAAUUUAACAAACGCUUAAAUGGGGUUAAUUCUGAAUACAUUCAAGCUUGUUCAUCAGAAAAUAACAGAACUGAAUUUUAACUAUAUCAGAGAUACUGUCAUAUUUGUAGUGUGCUUCUAUGGUGAGAAACGAAACAUAUUUUUCAAUUGUUUCUAUUUUCA